AUAAAACAGUUUUGUAAAAACAUGUUAAGGGGUUAGUUUCACAUCCUUUGUCUGAGUUAACCCAAUAAAACAGCCUUUUCUUCCUAUAGGACAGUUUCCUUGUCCCUAAGACCACCUCCAGCACUCCCAAGGGUUUCGAUCCUCUUCCCCCAAGAACAACAAUGGCAUUUACCGGAACUCUGGACAAAUGCAAGGCCUGUGAUAAGACUGUUUAUGUUGUUGAUCUCUUGUCCCUUGAAGGAGUGCCUUACCAUAAAUCCUGCUUCAAGUGCAGCCACUGCAAGGGGACUCUUGUGAUGAGCAAUUACUCAUCAAUGGAUGGAGUUCUUUACUGCAAGCCUCAUUUUGAGCAACUUUUCAAGGAAUCUGGCAAUUUCAGCAAGAAUUUUCAAACAGCAAAGACUGACAAGCAGAAUGAGCUGUCUAGGAUUCCUAGCAAGGUCUCUUCCAUGUUCUCUGGAACUCAAGAUAAAUGUGCCACUUGCAACAAGACCGUGUACCCAUUAGAAAAGGUGAAUUUGGAGGGGGAGUGUUAUCACAAGUCAUGCUUCAGGUGUGCCCAUGGUGGGUGUCCUCUGACUCACUGCUCCUAUGCUGCCCUUGAUGGGGUCCUCUACUGCAAGCACCACUUUGCUCAGCUGUUCAUGGAGAAAGGGAACUACAACCAUGUCCUCCAGGCUGCCUCCCACAAGAGAAAUGCCUCUGCAUCCUCUGACACAGCGGAGGUCCAAGCAGAGGAGGGGGGUGCUACUGAUGGGGCUGGGGCCGAACCCGAAGACAAAGCUGAUAAUGAUGGCUCCCAACAGCAUUCCUGAACAAUUAUAAAAACACAGCCACCAUGGUUUUUUGUUCUGCCUAGAGAGUUUGGUUAUUCAUGGUUGACUGACUGGCCAUCUCAAAAACCAAUUCCAUCUUAUUUUUCUCUGAUUGUUUCACAAUCUGUUUUGGAUUGUUGGUUUCUUGUUUAUUGAUACAAACUGCCUGAUAUUGUACUGAUCUUUUCCCCAAGUUUUGCCAGAAAGGUUGUGUUUUUUC